AUGCGUCAGUAUGCCAGUUUAAAUAAUUGCAUCUACGGCCACUGGCACUCCCAAGGCCCUGUUGGUGAGGGGAAAUUCUCAACGCCGAUAGAAGUAAUCGUUCCUCAUGAGGACCAGUCGGUAACCGUUGCAUUUGGAAGCACGAUUGAGACAGACGACCCCUAUGAUCAAAGCUGGGGAGUCUCUGCAGUUGAAAUUGCUGUCCGCUAA